UGUUUACACACUGCACACUGCACACUUCGAUCGGAAACAUUAAACAUUUCUAAAUUUUACCUGUAUUAAAUAGCCUGUGGUUUUUUUAAAUGUGUAAUGGCAAAGCUAUUAAUCAGUUACCUAUAUGAAGAUAAGACAGUUUGCGGGGAAUGGGUCGCGUGGGCAGACGGAUAACCGCAAAUUAAACGAAUACUUUGAAAGCAACAAAACAGUUCAUGUGUCACCAUGACCAAUCGAAUUUGUCUCCUGUGUCUAAACGUUAUCGUGAAGGAUUCAUCCCCAAAUUUUAAUAAUGACGACAACUCAACGACGAUUAAAAUUGUCACCCUUUACGAAUUGUUCCACCCAUUCUGGGACACCAAUCGGAAGAAAAUUAACAAAUAUAAAGAUGAUACCGAGACCUGUUCCCUUUGUCGAAGUUGUUCAUUCGCGACACGAGAGGCGGAGGAAAUUCGCGACCAGAUUACCAAUUUGGAGGCUCGCCUUCGCCAAAAAGUCGACACGAUUAAACUCACUGUUUGGAAAUCUAAUUCAAAAGACGAAAAUGGGGACGAAUUAGUGAAGAUUAGAGCGAUUCGAAAAUAUUUAAUGGACGAAAAUCCAGCCAACAUCCCCUCUGAAUUGGGAGACAUUCGUGUGAAAGAAGAACAAGUACACGAGGAUGAUUCUGCCGGUCUCUUCUUGGACAAUUUUCCAUCUCCCUCUGGGGAUGACGAUCGCCCCCACAAGGAAGAAGUCCACUCUGACCCAGAUUAUUCCUUUUGUAUCCUUCCAGAUCUCAGUGUUCCCGUCAGCGUGCGAGGCCCCAAAAAGAAGAAGCAACCUCGACCACCCCCAAUUCGCCCAUCAAAAACCAAAAAGUCUAUACCGGAAGUUCCCGUGAACGAAGAAUCUCAACCCUCCCGUCGUCGUUCCACGCGUCCCGUUAAACCCACAAUGUCCAAAAGCUUGAAGGAAAUAUUCGCCGACGACGAAUCAGAAGAAGAAGAAGUCGCACCACCGCCCAAAAAACAAUCCAUGAAACGAAAAUUUUAUGAUUCCGAUGAUUCCGAUAACGAAGAUGAUCCCGAAGAUUCCGAUUAUUCCGAUGGUUCCGACUAUUUAGAUGAAUCCGACGAGCCGUACGAGCCACCUACUGAAUCCCCCAGCAAGAAUCCGGUCCCCCCGCGGUCCACGCGGUCCUACGAAUGUUCCAUGUGCGCCCGUCCUUUCUCUUCGGAAGAUGACCUCAUAGCCCACUUGGCGCAACAAAUGGUCACCUGUCCCCUCUGUCCAAGCACGUUUUGCAUGUCCGGGCUGCGGGACAAGCAUGUGAAGGAAACUCACAGCACGACGCGCCCCUUUCACUGCCCCCACUGCAAGAGGAAAACCCCCUUCCGCCGUGAAAACGGCCUCGCCGCGCACAUUUACAUGAAACACGAAACUAACGAGAAGAACCACACGUGUUCCCAGUGCGAUAAGAAGUUCACUCUGGAGGAAAAUUGGAAACGACAUGUGGACCUGCAUAAAGUCGAGAAGACACGACCCUUUGUUUGUGACGUGUGCGAUUAUCGGGUCACUACUCGGGAGAUUUUGGAUAAACAUUGGCAAACUCAUGUUCAUGUGGAAACGGUGUAUAGGUGUGACCAGUGCGAUUUCAAGUGUCGUGCAAGGACCUCGUUAACCCGGCAUAACCGAUUCCACACCGGAGAGAAGAAGUACAAAUGCACCCACUGCGAGGAAACCUUUAUCGACUACCAUUCCAAACUGAAGCACAUUCACGCCCUCCACGAAACCACGCCUUUGCACCAAUGUCACAUUUGUCCCAAGCGUUUCUUCUCCGCAGGAAAGCUCAAUGCACAUUUGAGGGGUCACGAGGACAAAAGUCUGGUACCUUGCGCCUCCUGUAACAAAGAGUUCAAAACCGUUUUAAAAAUGCAAGCCCAUCGCGUCGAGGUGCAUGGAGACGAGGCUUUCAUUUGUGACGAGUGUGGGGGCAGCUACGCGACCUUAAAGGCGUUAAAAAGCCACAAAGCCGUUCAUUUGAGACCAGUUCCGACUGAAAGGCUGUUCAAAUGUGACGUUUGCGAUUCCGCCUUCCGCACAAAGUCUACUCUCGCGGGGCACAUGAAAACCCACACCGGCGAAGGACCGCGUUACCCUUGCCCCACCUGCGGGAACCAGUACCGAUCAAAGGGCCACCUCGAUCGUCACCUGAUCCACAUUCACAAUGUGGAUUACGAGGGGGAAACGAAACAUAAAUGUGUCCCUUGCGGAAAAGGGUUCCCUAAGAAGGAAUUGCUGGACUGGCAUGUUCGCCAAUUGCAUACCGGUGACGGACCAAAGUACCCCUGCACCCAUUGUGACGCGGCCUAUUCGGACAGCACGAUGUUGACCUGGCAUAUCCGAGGUCACCACGGAAUUAUGGUGGGUGGUCUAAGGAAGCAUAGCAAGACGUGGAAGGUGACGAAGAAGAAGAAGCAGGGGACGGAUGGGGGGUCAAAUCCUGGUGGAAGUAAUGUGGGUCGACCUAUCAAUAAUUUGACGGGGGUGGGAAGAUCGACCCAAUUCGUGGAGUCGGUCAUACCGGAUCCAGCGGUCAUGGAUUCUUCUACAGUCGACAGAGCGGUGUGGGGAUUGGGUCAAAAUGUUUGGUUGGGAUGAUGGCAAGGUUUUAUAAUUGUUUGUAUCUUUAUUAAAAUAAAUUGUUUAUUUAUUAAUGAUGCAA